AUGGUUACAGGAACAAAACCAGUAUUGCAAAAAACAGUAGAAGCCAUUUUUAAUGACAGAUCUAAAACUAUAUACCCUGGCGCGUGCAAAGUACUCAAUUCAACAGCGCGACAAAUAAAAAUUUGCAGGAAAGAUCCAGGAUUACAGAUAGUGUUGGCAAACGCAAGGUCUCAAGCGAUCGAUGCGUGCGAACAAAAUUUUCAAUACGAUCGAUGGAAUUGUUCUUUGUUUUAUAAUAGAAAAGCGAAGAAAAGUAUAUUUAAGAAAAUUUAUAGAGAAACUGCAUUUGUCCACGCGUUAGUUGCAGCUUCGUUGACUCACGCUGUUGCUAAAGGAUGUGCUUCCGGGGACUUAUAUAGAUGUUCAUGUUUAAGAAGAAGAAAUAAUACAACCCAUUGGAAAGGAGCUGGAUGUGGGGAUGAUUUUAAAUAUGGAAAAAGGUUAAUUAGAAAUUUUCUCGGUCUUAAAGAAACUGGUAACGAUCAAAUAGCAAAUAUUCUAAAGCAAGAUGUUCUUAUUGGUGUUAAUUCUAUUAAGCAACAUCUGAAGGAAGUUUGCAAAUGCCACGGAUUUUCUGGGUCGUGUACAACAAAGACUUGCUGGAGGAGACUUGGGCCUUUCAACUCUGCAAUGGGUUUGUUGAAGAAACAUUAUCAUCAUGCAAUUAGAAAGAAAAUUGUUAAUGUCACAAUCGGUCAGCCUGUAACUAAAAAUAUGCUGGAUUUUGAUAAAUUGGUGUACUUACAGCGUACUCCAAAUUUAUGUGUAAGCACUAAAGGAAGGGUUUGUAAGGAUAGAAACAACUGUGCCACUUUGUGCUGUGGAAGAGGUUUUACUAUUUCUAAGAAGUCUAUUAAAACCAAAUGCAGAUGUAAGAUGGCGAAGUGUUGUUUGGUCACAUGCGAUACGUGUGUAGAAGACAUAGACGUUUUUACAUGUAAAUAA